AUGGAGCUUCAAUAUACCACGUUGUCGCUUUCGGAUCACAAUUCAACGUUUAAUUCAAGCGGAAUAUCCGAUAAAUUCAAUUCCUAUGAUGUUGCCGUCGUAAUCUGCUAUUUCCUUCUAGUUUUAGCAACAGGAUUUUACUCCAUGUGUGUAUCCAAUCGUUCCACUAUCAGCGGAUACUUUUUGGCUGGAAGAUUUAUGUUUUGGUUACCAGUCGGUGCCUCUUUAUUUGCUAGUAAUAUUGGCAGUGAACAUUUUAUUGGACUUGCUGGAUCCGGAGCUGCAGCAGGGAUUAGUGUUGGAGCUUUUGAACUAAAUGCUUUGGCAAUCAUCCAGUUAACAGGAUGGGUGUUUUUACCUGUUUUCAUAGCCAGUCGAGUCUGUACUCUACCAGAAUACAUGUCCAAGAGGUUUGGAGGCUUACGAAUUAGAACUUAUUUGGCUGUUUUAUCUCUUAUUUUAUAUGUAUUUACAAAAAUUUCGGUGAACCUUUUCUCAGGCGCUGUUUUCAUCAAUCAAGCUCUUCACUGGGAUCUUUAUGUAGCCAUUGUAGGGCUAUUACUUAUGACUGGAAUUUGCACCAUCACAGGUGGAUUAGCAGCAGUUAUAUAUACAGAUACAUUGCAGUUUUUUGUAAUGAUCAUUGGUGCAACAAUUGUUGCAAUUAAAGCUUUUCUAAUGGUGGGUGGCAUGUCUGGCCUUCAAGAAAAGUACAUGAAGGCUAUUCCAUCUAUUAGAAUGAAUGACACAGAAUGUGGUAUUCCGAAGCAUGACGCUUGGAUGUUGUUGAGAUCCUGGGAUGAUCCUGACAUGCCCUGGUUAGGUUUUAUCUUCGGACAGACUCCUGCAUCUAUAUGGUAUUGGUGUACUGAUCAGAUGAUGGUCCAGAGGCUUCUAGCUGCCAAAUCUUUAUCUCAUGCACAAGGUGGAACUUUAUUUGCUGGUUUCAUGAAAAUUCUUCCAAUUUUUCUUAUUGUCAUGCCAGGCAUGAUAAGCAGAGUUCUUUUUACUGAUGAAGUAGCCUGUGUGGACCCAGAAGUUUGUAUGAAUUAUUGUCAAAACCCUGCUGGUUGCUCCAAUGUUGCUUAUCCCCGACUUGUCUUAGAACUUAUGCCAACUGGUUUAAGAGGUCUUAUGAUGGCUGUAAUGCUGGCUGCUCUAAUGAGUGACUUGACUUCAGUUUAUAAUAGUGCAAGCACAUUAUUUACUAUGGAUAUCUGGCCUCAAAUUCGGAAAAAUGCCACUGUAUGGGAGCUCAUGAUUGUUGGCAGAACCUUCAUUAUCCUGAUGAUCUUUAUCAGUAUUGGCUGGAUACCUAUUAUCCAGAACUUACAAGGAGGUCAACUUUUUAUUUACAUCCAGUCUGUAUCAGCAUAUCUUGCACCUCCAAUUGCAGCUGUGUACAUAUUAGCUGUUCUGUGGAAAAGGAUGAAUGAAUCAGUCUGUGGUUGUUUCUGGGCAAUGAUGCUUGGAUUCUUGGUGGGUGUAACCAGGAUGGUUUUGGAUUUUCUUUAUCGUGAACCUCGCUGUGGAGAAAUGGACACCCGCCCACUCAUCGUUCAAAAGGUUCAUUACAUGUACUUUGCCUGCAUUUUGUUUUGCAUCACAAUUGUGUCUGCUGUUAUCAUAAGCUUGAUGACAGAUCCGCCUGAGGAAUUCAGACUUAUUCGCACCACAUAUUGGACUAGAUUCGAUGAAGGUAACAGGGAUGAUGAGAAAGUAAAUUUUGAAAUGCAACGAAAUGCUGGUCUACAAGAAACAGUUAAACUUACUCAUAAUAUGAGUAAAGAAAAAGCUUGCGACGUUGAAGUUGCAGUUCAUCGACCACUAAUCGUGGAGAAGAAAACUGUUGUGUUUUACUUGAAAAAACUUGGCAAUUGGUUCUGUGGCUUUAAUCAACAUACAUCGGACAAAAAAGACGAAGUUUAUAGUCAUUUGACUGAAAUUACCUCAUUGUGCCAAAGCAAGAAGGAUAAAAUUAUACUGAACUCCUUGCUUGUGUUGGCACUGACAGUUCCAAUUUUGACAUACACCUACUUUUCCACGCUUUCAAGAAACUUUAACUGA